GCCGUUUGGCAGCGCAUGCGCGGAGGGUCGCGGGGGGGCCGCGGAUCUGCGGGGUCUCCGGGGCGCGGGGCGCUGCCCGCAGGGAGGCAGCGGCAGCUGCAGCAGAGCAUCCCUCAGGAAUACUCUCGUCAAGAGCAGAAAGAGCCCAUUCUACAAUGAUGAAUGCCGACAUGGAUGCUGUUGAGGCUGAGAAUCGGGUGGAAUUAGAAGAGAAAACUCGGCUUAUUAAUCAAGUUCUGGAACUGCAGCACACACUGGAAGAUCUCUCAGCACGAGUAGAUGCUGUUAAGGAAGAAAACUUGAAACUGAAAUCAGAAAAUCAAGUUCUUGGACAGUAUAUAGAAAAUCUGAUGUCAGCAUCUAGUGUUUUCCAAACAACUGACACAAAAAGCAAAAGGAAGUAAGGGCUGACUCACAGGUGAUGUCACUGUAUUGCUGCUCUCUGUUUUUGUUUUAAUUGGCAUAGGCUACAUGAGCAAAAAUAACUUAGUUUGUGGCUUUACUAGAUACCUGGAGAUGAUAAAUUUUGGGUGACAAGCAGAAUUAAGAACAUUAUAAUGACCAGGAGACAUAAUUUUGUGUGUUGUUACGAUUAAGCAAUGUGUAAAUGUAGUGUAGAGACUUACUGAACUUUCAUAAUUGUUUUAAAAAUGAGCGUAUCUUGGUAAAAAAUUUAUUCCAUUUGUCAGGUUAAGCAAAAGUCUGUUGGCUCUCUGAGGCCUUAGGGUAGUGCUCUUGACUAGCAAAAUAAUAGUCACAAUAUUGCAUGGAAACCUUAUUUGAUAAAAAUAUUCCAAGUCUUAACUGCAUCACCUUUUUCACCUCAGAUAUCUGUAGAUUACUGUAUAGUAUUGUCCAGAGCUCUGCAAAGCACCUUGAAACAAAAACUUAUAAACCCAGUUAAGGAUUUCUAUGAAGUAGUAAAAGUGUAACAUUACUUACAGGCUUGCAUACAGAAAAACAAAGAUUUUUUUUGCAAAGGGGAGAGCAAGGGAAGAGGAGCAAGGAUAAAAAACUUGGUAAAAGUAUAAGUAUAGUAUAAGUAAAAGUAUAACAUGACUUACAGGCUCGUAUACAGAAAAACAAAGAUUUUUUUUGCAAAGGGGGGAGCAAGGGAAGAGGAGCAAGGAUAAACAACUUGCAUCAGGGAAAUACAAAACUGAGGCAGUAUCAGAGUGUUUGUAAGAUGUGCACUUCAAACCAUUUUCACUUUCCUGUUUCCUCAAAGAAUCAUCAGGCACAGCACCACGAUGUACAUUCUUCCUGAAGUUUUUUAGUUGGACAGUGAAGAGCUGAGUAAUUAUCUUUACAGAAACAGGUCAGCAAUGUUACUCAUGCUCAUUGUGAACAAUCUGCAGUGGGGAAUUAAAACAAGACUUUUUUUGCCACCUUUUUACUUUCCUCCUGAAGUGCCAAACUUGUCUCUGCUUCAGGCCUUAGAGCAACUGUUUUCUUGCUCCCAAACCUGAGCUUGAGUGUCCCUUGGGGCACUUCACAAAAGCACCUAUGGCAGGAGACUGCAGUGGAACAAAGCUGGCUUUUGCCUCUCAAACAUGUGCUGCUCUGAGCAAUGUUUAGUAUCCAGGUGCCUGGUUUUUUACUGGCUUGGAUGUUUGUUAGCAGGUUUUGUAAAGGAGCUCAGUCCAGGUUAGGGAUCUGAGCACUUAAAGGCAGCAUGUCCAGCAUGAUCAGUAUUAGUGGAGAGCAGAAGCUGAAAUGCUGUUUUAGCAGUAAUCAGUUACAUCUGUUUCAUCUUGCCAAACAGCAGCAUUACAGACUUAUUUAUGGAAGUCUGUGUCUUCAAUAAUGAAGCCAUUGUACUUUUCUUUUGAACAAAAGGAAACUACUAGGUCACAGUGCUCUUUCAGUCUUGGGAUGUAUUCUAGAAAAUAAAGCUGUGGAACUGAGUGGAUGUCAUAGAUUAAAUCCCUCUCAAACCCCAUGUUGCCUGGCAGCUAAGAACAGCAGUGUCCCAAGUCUGUGUUUCCCCAUCCCAAACGAGAGGGCUCCCAUUUCCCCACAUUGAAGAGGACUGCACAGCACUCACUUGAGUGUCAAAUGACUGCAAACAAAACAUAAAUAGUUCAGUCUUGAGGUUUUUUUUACAAGUCUGAGUCAAGAAUACUGACAAUAAAAGUAGUUCUACCUACCAAGGCACAAAUGGAUAAAACUGUUUGUGUCAUGGGGUUCUGUAAAUAUUCAGAAUUAUUUUUAAUCUUCUAAGGAUUACUCUCUCACUUUACUACCUACUGUAACUAAAUUCAUCCAGGAAUUGCUAGCAGGUAGAGUAACUCACAUGGUUAGUUCAAGGUUUGAGCAUUAAAACUUGACCAUCUCACCAAGCACUUGACUUGUAAGGAUUGCACUACAGCCAUCCUGACUUUAAGGUCACAUCCCAGCACAUCUGCAUCCACACUGCAGUAACAGAGCAUGUGCUUGUUAGGACUUCAGCAGUUUCCCCAGGAUCAAGCUUAAAAUAAUGGUUUUGUAUUGUAAGAUUGGACAGUGAUAUUUUCUCCACUGCUGUGUAUAUAGUAGUCAUCUCACCUAUCUACCAUUUUACAUCCUACUACUGUGGCCUUCAUUUAACUUAUGAGCAUUUUAAAGAUGUUGUAUUUCUGACUUUACACUAAAUAAAACCUUUCGUCUCAAUGUUUGGUUUAACAUUUGUAAAUCUUAAAAACUUCUCCUACCUACCUGGAGUCAAAAGGUGAAAAAGUGCUAAGGAGAUCCAAAGCCUCAAAUCCCCAAAGCUUUGGUAUUUUCCCCCCCAGAAUGACUUGCAUACCAUUAGAUCAAGUAAGCUGACAGGCAGAAAAAUGUCUUUUGUUUCCAGGUUAUCUGAGUCAUUAAGUCACUAUGAAAGGCCUUACAGAGUCAGUGGGACUGCAAACAGCACCCUUGAGUCCUGACCUCACAAGACCUUUUUACCAGUAAUACCUGGCUUAUUUACUGAAGUACAAGCAAAUAUGUAGAGGGGACAUUAAUCAAGACUUUAUGGGAAACAUGUUUAUAAAACUUAAAGUUUAAAAAAAACCCCAGUGUUUUCUAAAGCCUUUUAAUUUAUAAACCUUAAGGGAAGAUGAGCAUCCACUGUGGUGUGACCAAUCCCUGGACUAAAUAUAUCACAUCAAACAAAAAAUGGCAACUGAAAACCCCAAAAUGAAUUUUAAAACCACCCCAAACAACACCCUAAUGAUGUAACAAUCCCUAAGGACUUUUACAAGGCUCAGAUAAUAUUCCUUCAAAAGGAAUGUAACAGCUGAAAUGCUGUUACUAGCAGGUAACAGCUUCUACCUACUGCUGAAAUGUCACAGGCAGGAGUCUUCACUUCUUACCUUUUCAAUGCAGACCCUAAAUAAAGAGGAGGAAACUUGCAUUAA